UGUACUAGCUUCGCAAGCAACCCUGCACACUAGAAGCGAAGCGACGCCAACAACAACAAUAAACACUGCUGCCGGGAUCGCGUCAUCUGGGUGGAAUGUUUUGAACGGAAUUAGCAAUUAGCAUCCCCGCCCUGAACGCCGUAGUGAACGAAAAAACCAUAAACGAAUCGCUUUAUUGUGGGACACCAACUGUGCAGAAAGUGUUCCCUUUGCCACGAUGGGUUGCUUUGAGAGCAAACCCGACCAGCAAGUGCAACCAGUUACCGUCCGAUCACCGACGGACAUCUUCUGGCUGAUACUGUACGUCGUCUUCUGGAUUGCACUGAUCGUAAUCGCAAUCUUUUCCUUCAUAUACGGAAAUCCGCUCCGCAUCAUCAAUGGGUACGAUUCCUUCGGCAAUACGUGCGGCGUGCGCAGCAACGAUAAGUUUUCCAACUUCCCCAUGUCCGGGAUGAACACGGAGGACAAACCGUAUCUAUUCUUUCUCGACAUCAAGGAGCUACGCCAUACGUUGAAAAUUUGCGUCAAAGAAUGUCCUCAGCGUGAAAUUUUGAACGCGGCCGAACUGUACCGCUACUACGAGGAUCGCAAGGCGAAGUACUGCCGGUACGAUUUUAACAUGAGCAUGCUCCAAACGCAAGAUGCUGGCGGUGCGAAAUAUUUCGACUUUACUGGACCUUGUCCACCGUUUCCGGUGUACCAGUCGGCACCCGUUCUGCACCGCUGUAUACCGACCGGUGUAAAUGCACCGCUGCAGCAGGUGAAGAAGAUGUACGCACUGAUCAAUUCGUGGGAAGCCACGCAGCAGGUGUUUAGCGAUCUGUACAAAGCGUGGCCAACGGUCGUGCUUGUGUGUGCGCUAAGUUUGGUAUUUUCAAUCAUAAUGAUUGCACUGCUUCAUUGGCUCGCAACGAUCGUUUCGUGGCUGAUCUGUAUCAUCGUCGUGGUGGCCAGUAUCGGCAUUACCGGUGUGCUCUGGUGGAGCUACUACAAGGCCAAACAUACGCUCGAUACCGAUCAGCAGCUGUCCUACCUUGAGGAGUUGGUACGCAACGAAACGACCAUUUAUGUGCUCGCGAUCGCAGCCACCUGCAUCAUGAUCAUUCUGCUCGUGGUCAUAUACUAUCUUCGCGAGAAGCUAACCGGUCUGGCGGCACUGUUCGAAGAAGCCGGCAAAUGUAUGCUACAGCUGCCGGGUUUGGCCGGUCCUCCGUUGCUAGCCUUCCUGGCACUAUCGAUCUUUCUCGUUUUUUGGGUAGUGGUGGUCGUGUGUCUGGCAACGGCCAACUAUCCCGGCGUUAAACCAUUGCUUCCAUUGGCUCAGCUCGAAGAAAAUCCCUCGAUUGCGAGCGAUACCAAGCUGAAGCCGGAAAUGGCGGGCAAAAAUGAUACCAGCUUCAAAUCGUUUAAAUUGGUCGAAUAUCAUGAUGUGAACGCAUUGCGACACAUGCUGUGGAUCUACAUCAUUGGGCUGAUCUGGACGAGUGAGUUUAUAUUCGCCUGCCAGCAGUUGGCCAUUGCCGGUGCGGUUGCAUUUUGGUACUUUCGCAAGCCAACCGAUUCGCCGGUACUGCUUGCGAUCGCCAAACUGGUCAAGUAUCAUCUCGGGUCCGUCGCGAAGGGUUCGCUCAUCAUUACCAUCUUCAAAAUUCCACGCCUCAUACUGACCUAUCUGUAUGCGAAGUUGAAACGUCACCAGCAGGAAGGUUCCGAGUGUGCUAGCUGCUGUUUACGGUGCUGCAUUUGCAGUUUCUGGCUGUUGGAGAAAUUUAUUCGCUAUCUCAACCACAACGCUUACACGGUCAUUGCCAUCGAAGGAGUAAACUUCUGUCCUGCUGCAAAGAUUGCUUGGAAUGCACUCGUGACAAAUGCGCUGCAAGUGGCCACUAUUAACGGUAUUGGAGACUUUGUGCUGUUCCUGGGCAAGCUAGCCGUGGCAGCGAUAUGCGGACUGAUUAGCAUUCUUCUGCUGCGUGACAAUCCCGAUCUACACUUUUACAUGGCACCUGUUAUCAUUAUUACCGUGUUUGCAUUCUUCAUCGCACACAUUAUACUGUCACUGUACGAGAUGGUUGUCGACACGCUGUUCCUGUGCGUGUGUGAGGAUCGCACCAUCAACGGCAAUAGUGGCCGCUGGAAGGAAAGCAAUCUGGCUCGACUGUUAGGCGAAGCACCGGAACCGGACGCGGUUGAGGCACCGAUGCAGGAGGUUCAACUUACGCCCAUCACGAAGCAACCAUUCUCCGCUCAAUUCCUCCAGGCCGAGAUGGAAAAUAGUAAGGCUUAGUUUGGUUCGGUGAAAUGCGUCGAAUGGGCAUGAAAUUAGUAGAGCAUAAGUUGGCAUUAGUGUGUAUGGGGAUAGUACGACCACCGUUUUCACGCUCCUCAUCAAUAUUUAUCUACAUUGGCGGGGCGUACAUUAUAAAUCGCAAAAAUUGUAUUACGAACGAUGCUUUACUACUUGCACCACUACUAAAAUCGGUAGAUAUGGUUCCAAAAAGCGUCUUGCAUGAUAAAUCUCAUACGCACAACUACCAUUAAAGCAUACAACAUUCAUCACAGCUCAUGUUGUGUAUGGUCCAAUAUUUUGCUACAACUACUUAAUUACUUAAAAAUAUUCUCCCCCAAAAACGUAUAUUACACGUUUCGCGGCAUUAUGAAGAUGGUCACAAGAUGUAGAUUAAGUUUUUGAUUAUUAUAAUAUUGUAAUCGGCAUAAAAGCAUUUAUACAUUAGUAACCAACGCAACAAUCGAAUGCGCUCAAACACACAAAAACCAAUACGAACUGUCUGUCUGUCGUGCGAAAGUUGUAACGACCAUGUGCGUAAAUGAUCUUCUCAAAACUAGCGACGAAACGGUGCUUCCGAGCUUAUUGUGAGGCAAAUGCAAACAGCACAGCAGAUUGAAAAGAACGCUGCCAGCCGGAUAAGGAAAGAAGUCCGCCACACAAAAACACAUUUGUCCACCCAUUAGAAGUUGCAAACCUAUUUACAGUACUGCGCUUAUUGCAAUGUUAAUACUGACUGUUGAAAAGUUUAUCUUAAACCGAUAUUAACGGUUCUUUUUAGUUUUGGAUUUCCUAUACAAGAAUUCUACAUCACGACGGGAAUAAGAUGAACUGUUCUAUAUAUUGCUACAUGAAAAUAAUUGUGCUAAUGAAUCGAAAUAAAACUAUGCACUUGCCGUUGCAGAAA